GAGGUUGGCAAAGCUCUGUGUGAUAUUCUGGAGGAGUUAUCCAAUCACAAUGAAAGAGUCGAACAAAGGAAAAGUGCCAUGCAGUUUCUGCAGAAUUUUACAGAGAAAGGUCUUAUCACACAAGACUUGCUGGACGAACACUUCAAAUCCUUGCUUCUGAUUCUUCUAGAAACACUCGGAGACACAAAUGGAGAUGUGAAAGUACUGGCAUUGAAAUGCCUGCAGAAAAUGUUGCAGAAAUUUCCGAAACAUUUUGAGAACUUUGCCGAACUGACAAUUCUUAAAGUGUUGGAGCUGCAUAAGGAUGACACCUACAGAGAUGUUCCAUACGCAGCAUCAGAAGUGGAGGAUACAAUUGUACAAGUGCUUCCCCCAGAGCAGAACUUCCGCAUCCUGACCCCGAUCAUACAGACUAUGGAAUACCACAUGGCUUGCGGGGCUAUACAAAUGAUGACUAAGGUUGUAGACAAAAUGCCAAAAGAGUUGUUGGAGGCCUCACUUCCCAAUCUUAUACCUGGCUUGUUCAAGAUGAAACUGUUGAACUUGUACAUCAAGAAGCGUCGGCAGGAGGAGAGCAAGUGA